AUGUCGGCCUUAUUAGGCGCUGGUUACGACUCCAGCGAGGAUGACACAAACGUCGCUGCGACGGCCGCAACCAAGGUCGUCGCCGCACCAGAAGUGAAUACAGAGGACCAAGCGCAUAUGCAGAUGACCCUCGCCAAUACCUCUUCUCAAGCCCUCACCUUCAACGCCACAUACGAUGAUCUCACACGUCCCUCCCAGGGCCCCGUCAACCCAUUUAAAGGCUCAGGUCCAGGAAAUGGUAUCAAGCGAAAGAAUGUCCCGACUGGAUUCGCCGAGGAAGCGGCCAUCAGCGAGUCGACGUUCGCGGCGCAACAUCGCACGUUCCAGAGUCUAGGCUACACGCGCAAUCCCACACGACCAGAUCAGUUUAUCGGCGAUCUUGAAAAUGCGGCUCGAUUUGGAGGUCGUGAUGUCGUGCAGAUGAAGCCGACCAAGGGUCAAUCCGCAGCCUGGCGGACAAAGCGCCAAAAGAAGGGCGAUUCCAGCAUUGUGGAAGGCGAGGGCGCAUAUCUGGGACCCUGGGCGAAAUACCAAAAUGACCAGCAGUAUGAUUUGGUCGAGGUUGAUGCGGAGGAUGACCGUGAACUUGCUAGUGACGAGGAAUACGUUGAGGAGGACGAGACCUUGGCUACCGCGGCGCCCAUGCCGGCCAUGAGCAAGGAAGCCACCGAAUACGAGGGUGAUCUGUCCAAGCAGGAGACUACCGAGUUCCACGGCUCGGAGGAAUUCGACUACCAGGGCCGUACAUAUAUGCAUGUUCCCCAAGAUCUGGAUAUCGAUCUGCGCAAGGAACCUGGCAGCGUCAAGAACUACGUGCCAAAAAAGCUUGUGCAGACCUGGAAAUCGCACACCAAGCCAAUUACUUCUCUUCGUUUCAUGCCGAACUCCGGCCACUUGCUGCUUUCGUCGGCUGCCGAUGGAAAGGCCAAGAUCUGGGAUGUGUAUCACUCCCGGGAGCUCCUACGGACCUUCUCCGGCCACAACAAGGCAAUCUCAGACACCGACUUCCACCCAUCUGGCAAGACUUUCCUUACCGGUUCAUACGACAAACAAAUCAAGCUCUGGGACACGGAAUACGGCAAGUGCAUCGGACGGUUCUCGACCGGCAAGACCCCGCACGUCGUCCGUUUCAACCCCGGUGCAGAACACUCGCAUGAGUUCCUGGCCGGUAUGUCAGACAAGAAGAUCGUCCAAUUCGACACACGGUCCGGCGAGCUGGUCCAAGAAUACGACCACCACCUGGCAGCCAUCAACACCAUCACCUUCGUCGACGACAACCGGCGAUUCAUCUCCACCUCAGACGACAAGUCACUGCGCGCCUGGGAAUACGGAAUCCCUGUUCCCAUCAAGUUUAUCGCCGAGCCAUACAUGUUCGCACUUACCCGCGCGGCAGCCCAUCCCAACGGCAAGUAUGUCGCAUUCCAGUCGGGCGACAACCAAAUCGUCGUCUACGGCGCCACAGACAAGUUCCGUCAGAACCGCAAGAAGAGUUUCCGUGGCCAUAAUAAUGCUGGAUAUGCCAUUGAUCUCAAGAUCUCGCCUGAUGGGCAGUUUAUUGUUUCUGGUGAUAGCGGUGGUUAUGUUUGCUUCUGGGAUUGGAAGACUGGCAAGUUGUAUCAUAAGAUUCAGGCUGGCGGGAAGGAGGGUGGUGCUGUUACUUGUCUGGACUGGCAUCCCCAGGAAACUAGUAAGGUAGUUACUGGUGGGCUGGAUGGUAUCAUCAAGUAUUGGGAUUAA